UUGUGAAGAGAAAGAGGGAGGGAGCUUCAGGCAGCGAGACUGGACUACCGCUCAAACACUGCAGUCUUUCUUUUGCUUCUCUGAGGAAACUGUCUUUCUACUCUCCCUGCCUGUCUCUCCUUCUCGCUUAUUCUUCUCUCGCUGCUUUGCCAUGACCCCGGUGGACACCUUGAUCUCUUUGCCCACCUAGAGAGGAGGAGAGAAAUGCUGUAGCGGAGGAAAGGGGAGAGAAGAAGAGGGGACACCGCACACUUUGCCUCUCUGAUGAGAGUCUGGAAAUUAAUUAACCGCCGUCAGCACAGAGGGGGGAGCGCAGAGAGGGGCUCAGUGUGAGGUGCUGGGAGAGAAUAAGAGGGAGUUGAAGAGGGCGAUUUGCUGGAUGUGUGAAGAACGGGUUGUGAAAGAGAGGCAGAGUAACCCCUAGGCACUUUUCAGCAACAAAAAGGACAAGUUAGGGCAGAUGCAAAAGAAGCGAGGAGGAGAUACUAAUUCAAGAAGGGUCCGCUCACAUGCGCUAUUCAUCCUUUCAUGCUUCUUUUCAACCUCCUUCACAUAUUCAUAACACCAUCCUAUCCUCUCAUCACCUUUUUUUUUUGUUGCAUGUCAGCAAAAGCACAUCGACACCAAUGCCGAACACUCAGCCACGACUUAGACCCGAGUGUAGCAUUUCAUUCUCAGUGGAUGUGUGACUUACUGAGCAGCAGAAGUUGAUUGGCUGAAAUCAGGGGUGCCAUUACCUCCCAGCCGAGAGCACCUGCUCAGGAAUUUCUCAUGAGACCAGGUAGGACAUUUCUGGAUCAUUUGGACAGCCCACAGCAGCUGGAGAGGUCGAGUCGAAGCCCCUCCAGUCGUUUACCUGAUUGAACCGCCACAAGAUGAAACUGCAAACCAGCUUAUCUCUCAGAGCAUGACACCUGUGUUUGAGCUGUUACAGAGAGGGGGACGGGCAUGUGCAGGUGUGUGUGUGUGUGUUGGGAUUAUAUCCUAAAUACAAAGAAUUACACAGGUGUUGCAGCAGGAUUAUGCAAAGUCUCCUGCUGAAUAUAGUGGCACUAUAGGAUUAAAGAGAGGAACUGAAGUCAAGUGAAUGGCAGCACAUUAUCUCCCACAGAUUAAGUCAGAUCAAGUGUGAUCAUAAAAUUAGAUCGAGGCAAACUGGGGAUAGGUCGAAACAUUACCAAAAUCCAUCGCUCGGUGCAAAGUGGAAUAACUUCUGGUCCCUCGUUGUGGACUUUGCUCAGACCUGAAGUACACAGAGUGUACAGAGUGACUCUUAAAGACUCUCAAAGGCUCAUUCAGCUUCCAUAAUGAGACGCUCGAGCACAGACGAGACUCCGUACCGGCGCAGUCCAUCUCUGGACAGCAAACCUGACACGCCGCCGUUUACCUCUGGGUUUCACCGCUUCAGCGGGGAGUUUGAGUACAAGCGGCCGCCGUUUGCGUUCGGCUUCCACACGACAAAAGGGCCGCAGACGUCCAAGGGGCGCUACGCCCAGGGGAAGAAGUAUGUGGUGUUUUACCUGGACCUCUCCUUCAUAUUCCUCCUAGAACUGCGGCGCUGCAGGAUGGCAGAGGGUUGCAUGAUGGCCCUGCGAUAUGGAAUGGUCUUCUUCAACCUCCUUUUCUGGUUGGGAGGAUGUGGCAUACUGGGGGUGGGAGUCUGGCUCUCAGUGACCCAGGGAAACUUCGCCACCCUAUCAUCAUCCCUUCCCUCCCUGUCAGCAGCCAACCUGCUCAUCGCAGUCGGGACCAUCAUCAUGGUGAUCGGCUGUUUGGGCUGUGUGGGAGCUGUCAAAGAGAGCCGUCCUCUGCUGCUGACGUUCUUCAUCCUCCUCCUGCUCAUCUUCUUCCUGGAGAUUCUGUCCAUCAUGCUAUUCUUCAUCUACCAAGACGAGAUUGAUCACUACGCCCAGAGGGAUCUGAAGAAGGGCCUGCAGCUCUUCGGCACAGAAGGCAACGUGGGUUUGACUAACGCCUGGAUGAUCGUACAAACUGAUUUUCGCUGCUGUGGAGUAACCAACCACACGGACUGGUUCGAAGUUUACAAUGCCAGCCGUGUGCCUGACUCCUGCUGCCUGGAGUACAGCGACAACUGUGGCCUGGACAACCCAGGAACAUGGUGGACAGCGCCGUGCUACGAGCGUGUAAAGGACUGGCUUAAUGAGAACCUGGUGGCACUUUGGAUCUUUGCUCUAUGCACAGCACUUACUCAGAUCCUGGGCCUGGUCUUCUCCAUGACGAUGUUUUGUCAGGCAGUGAAAGUAGAGACUUUCUACGCCUAGCGCUCGACCUCCCUGCCCUUCAGCACACUUGGAUUGUUUCUCAUCAGAGAGGGACAGAUAUAGAGCCACCCUCCUCCUCCUCUUCCUCCCCCCCCCCCUCCUCCUCCCACCCCGACAGACUCUUCUUUCCUUGUCCUCUCUGUGACAUUCCCUCUCGGAUGUCACCAGUUCACAGUUUUUCUGCUAACUAUCAACAAGCACAGUGUCAGUGUAAUACCUGAGUUGGUUCCUAUGGUUUGCUCUGUGUCAAAAAAGCUAAUUUCUGUGAUACAUUUUAUGAAGCAGUAUUAUGAACAUGUAUAAAAAAGUGUAACCCCUUUUUUUUAAUAUGUGUUUUUGUUCUAAAUUAUUUUAUGGUUUGUAUGUGUUUUAAAAAUGAAGAGCUACAGUUGGGGACUGUGUGAAGUGCUGCAAGUGCAUGUCUGCUGCGAUGGUGUGUAUUAAAUGUUUUGGCUCGACUAAA